CUCAGAAAGUUAUGGCAUAGAAGUCGGCUGGGGAUGGAACAACGGCUGUCGGCGAACGUUAUAAUUGCACAAGUUUUCAACGUGGCAUAGAUCCUUUGCUCUUUAAAAGUAUUUCCUAACCCUACAGCAAUUUUCUAAAACAACACAGCCAAGGCAAAGAAACCUUCAAGAAAGAAAUUUGUGAUCCACAGAAAUAUGCUUGUGAUUGCAUACAUCUCGUUUGGUGUUCUUUCCGCACUUUGUGGUAUUUUCCACUUUUGGUGCAAAACAGGUCAAAGGGAUGACACGAUGAUAGUGAACCCCAACUUUGUCUCAUUCCAAAACAGCUACUUCAGAGUUUACUUCCUAGCACUAAUGGCUGAAUGGCUCCAGGGACCGUACCUUUACAAACUCUACAGUCACUACGGCUUCAUUGACACGCAAAUUGCCAUAAUUUAUGUGUGUGGCUUUGCCUCAAGUGUUGUGUUUGGAACUUCUAGUGGAUACUUUGCAAGUGUGUUUGGCCGUAAAAAGGCUUGUGUAGUUUUCACAUUACUGUACUCAUUGUGCUGCCUGACGAAGCUGUCAAGAAACUAUGGUAUUCUAAUCCUUGGAAGAAUUUUGGGUGGAAUCUCUACUUCCUUGUUAUUCACAGCUUUUGAUGCAUGGUAUUUGUAUGAACACACACAGACCCAUAAUUUUCCUAGUGAGUGGGUUUCUGCAACAUUUGCCAAAGCAACACUCUACAACAGCAUCAUCUCUGUAGUAGCUGGGAUUUUAGCCAACACCGUAGCUGAAUGGAUGCCUUUUGGACCAGUGGCCCCAUUUGUCCUUGCCAUACCAUUUCUUAUUGCAACUGGGAUUUUGAUCCAAUUUACUUGGGAUGAAAACUAUGGGGGAAAAAAUAACAAAGUCAUUCAACCAUGUAUUGAGAGCCUACGACAUAUUGUAACAAACAACAAAGUCAUGUCUAUUGGCAUUGUUACCUCACUUUUUGAGAGUGCCAUGUACAUAUUUGUUUUUUUGUGGACUCCUGUUUUGGACAGAGGGCAUUUGUAUCCUCCUCUGGGAAUCAUCUUUUCAUGUUUCAUGUUGUGUGUUACUCUAGGAGGCUUUCUGUUCAAUUUUACCGUCAAACUAGGUAUAAACCCAGCCAAUGUUGUGAUUUUAACUGUUAUUGUAGCAUCUGGGGCAAAUAUUGGUGCAGUUUUUUCCAAUGCCUUGCAUCCGAGUACAUCAUUUAUUCUGUUUAUUAUCUUGGAACUAGCUUGUGGACUGUACUUCCCAGCAAUGGGUUGGUUGAGACAAAGGAUUCUACCUGAGGCCCAUCAUGCUGGUAUUAUAAACUGGUUCAGAGUACCGCUGAAUGCUAUUGCUGCAAUUGUUUUGAUGGUACUUCAUGACACUCAUAGCAGUCAUGGUAUAUCUGCAAUAUUUGCCCUUUGUUCAUUAUUGUUGGCUGUGGCAGGUAUUGCUGCUGUAAGACUCUCCGUCCUGUCAAGAAAUGAUGAAAAUUUGAAACUUGUCCAUGACAUGGAAGAAGGACUUUGAAGAACUACAUCUAAUCAGAUAUAUCUUGCCUUUGGAAGAUGUGAUCUUCAUUUUUAGGUCACAACAUGAAGGAAAGGGGUUGACUAAGAAAAUUGUGUGGCUGUAAGUCACUAACCUCACUUCAGUUUGAUGUAGAAACAUUUUACACGCUUAAGUGGCCAUAUUUAUUUUCAUUGAACUUGAAGAAAAAUUUUUAACACAUGACAGUAUGUGUAAGAUUCAGGACAAGGUAGUGUUCGUUACUGUAAGUUCACCCUCUUAACUAUGGCCUUUCUCAAGAGAGGUCCCCCUCCCUAAGAAGUUCCCCCAACCAUAGCUUUCCCCCCCUAAAGAAAAAUAAUUAAAGCUUAACAUGUGGUGAUUAGAUAUCAUCAUCAGAACUUGACUUGAGCUAAAACUUGAAAGGUGAUCAAUCAAAAAUUGUUAUGGCAGUGUAUGAUAUGUUAUAGUGACCAAGAAAGCCAAGAAAGCUAAGUAAUUGAUCUUAGUUAAUUCCUUUCUUUUGUAUGUAAUGAUCUUUUCCUCUCUUUUUGUAUUAAUUUUCUAGCAGAUAUACAUGUUCAUGUUUUCCCAUAUUUAUUAUAAUUUUAAGUUGUAUUUAUAUAUAAACUCUACACUGCCUAGAUUAGUUAUGCUAGUUGCGGUGUACAGUUACCUC